GUAUCAUGGAUCAGAAGAAAAGACUACCAUCUGUUAACAGUAGGUCUAACGACGUACAGUUCAGACCAGAGGUUUCAAGCCAUACAUCUUCAGCAUUCAGAGGACUGGACGUUGAAGGUGCGCUUCGUUCAGAAGCGGGACGCCGGUAUCUACGAGUGCCAGGUGUCGUCGCAUCCGCCCACCAGCCUGUUCCUAAGGCUCGACGUAGUCGAGGCGCGAGCGCAGAUAUCAGGGCCGACAGACAAAUACCUGAAGCCAGGGUCAACGCUGCGACUGCAGUGCUCGGUGGUGCAGACGACUGAGGCGCCUGCGUUUGUGUUUUGGUACCACAACAGCAGGAUGAUCAACUACGACCUUGAGAGAGGCAUCAACGUGACCACAGAUCCUGCACAGCGGCUGUCAGACCUGCUAAUACCAGCAGCCAGCGUGUCGCACACUGGCAAUUACACUUGCGUGCCCAACAACGCAAUACCUGCUAGUAUAUACGUGCAUAUUUUUAAUGGUGAAAACCCAGCAGCGAUGCAAUCGUCGUCACCCAGUUAUAUCCGUCUAAACCUCAACGGGUUCCUAUUACCGACACUAGUUACCAUCAACAUCAUACGGUGA